CAGGCAUUGACUGAAGAAAGAGAAAGGAAGAGAGAGAAACCUAGCUCAACAAGCAGCUCUAAAUUCCAUUGAAGAUCACUGCAGGGUUUUUAACCUUAUCAUCACAUAUCCAGAGGUGUACGAAUUGUCAUCAUCGAUUAUGCAACUUAUAUAUAUAUUUUUGUAGCUAGCUGAGUUCAUGUUUCUAGGAUCAAUAUUUUAACAGUUUUUGUAUGGGGAAGAAGAGAAACAGGAAAAGAAAAGCAUAUGAAAAAAAUUUCUCACCUCCAAUUUGUUGUUGUGAUUUCUCGAAUUGACCCUUUAUCCAUAGAACAGUGUAUGUUUCUUUUGUGUUAUGAUCUUGAAGGAAAUAGUAUCAUAUAAAGUUGGAAAAUCAAGGUGUAUAAGAAGAUGGGAGAAAGCCGAGUCUCCCAAUGUUCAAAGACAAGCCCUUCUAACAUUGAUGAGGAAGAGUGUGAAAGCCAUGCGAAUGAAGAUCAAAGGAAGCAAAACAACAAUGGAGGAAGCUCAAGCAACAGCACAGUGGAAGAGAGUGAGAAAAAGAUUAGACCUUAUGUUAGAUCCAAGUUACCAAGGCUUCGAUGGACACCUGAUCUUCAUCUUCGCUUUGUUCAUGCUGUUCAACGACUUGGAGGACAAGAGAGAGCAACACCUAAACUUGUUCUUCAACUGAUGAACAUGAAAGGUUUGAGUAUUGCACAUGUCAAGAGUCAUUUGCAGAUGUUUAGGAGCAAAAAGGUGGAUGACCGAAAUCAAGUAUUUUCCGAUCAUACCAGUCUUGUUGAAAUUGGAGACAAAAAUAUUUAUAAUCUUAGCCAACUUUCCAUGCUUCAAGGAUACAAUCCCAGUCAAAGUUCGUCCUACAGCUACACAAACAACAACUAUCCAAGUUACGGAUUCGGGGAUGCUUCUUUUGGUAGCUACGAAAAGCUUGUGCACAGACCUUUGGAUUGGUUUAAUGGAAUGUCUCGGGCAGGUUCAUCCAUUUGUGGUGAACAAUCAACAAGCAAAACCCGUGAACCAAAAUAUGAGCUUUUCUCAUUUGGUGCUUAUGAAAAUCUAAGCACAAGAUUAAGCCACGUUGAACACACUCCAUCAAAUAUUAUUCAACAGAGAGCACAAAACCUGAUGCCUGUAAAUCCAACAACAGAAUUGAAGAGACUGAAAAGGAAGGCUCAAGAUUCAUCACUUGAUUUGGAUCUGUCACUGAAACUAAACACAAAGAUGGAUGGUGAAGGAACAAAGUUGGAGGACAAUGAAGUUGAUAGCAACCUGUCCCUGUCGUUGUGCUCUCAAUCCUCCUCUUCCAAUCUCAGCAGCAGGUUAAAGGAAGCAAAAGAUCGAUGUGAGGAAAACGGGAAAAGGGCCAGUACUCUAGAUCUGACUAUAUGAAUGAGACAAAUUCUCAGUGAGAUCUUGAGGUACUUGUCAGAAACUAUGUUUUUUAUAACCAAAUUCUUACAUUUUAUCUGACUUAGUUAUGUUUGUUUUUUGUCUCUUUCUGUAUGUACUGUCAAAUACAUGAACUAGCUAGAUAAAUCAUGAUUUUAGUUCCAA